AUGCUUCAAGAGAGGCAUGCGGUCGGGGAAGAGUCCAAUCCACCCUGGGCCGUGGUGCUGUAUGGCCUGAGCGCCACCUUGCAAGGAUUCACGAUGAUGUUUCAAGAGCGUGCCACCCGCGCGCCCAGCGAACUCCGCCCGGCAACGGCGCUUUUCUGGUACAACCUGUAUUGCUGCGGCACCGCCUUGCUGACUAUUCCACUGGAGGCAGUUCCUUAUUUGAACGGAACUGGGACUGGCCGCUCUCUGGGCGACGCUUUUCA